AGCGCGAGUCAAAACAAUAGCAUUAGCUUCUAGAAAAUACCCUAAUUUAAGCAAUACGGUAGCGAAGUUAGCCGCUUACCCGUCCUUUUCAAAGGUUUCGUCUGUAUAACUUUAGCAGAGUGGCCAUUUUUCACCAACUAUGUCUAGGGAGGAUUGCUUACAGUUUCGACCGUCCCAGAAUUUGUUUUGGUCCGCUUUCGUGGCGUAAACCUUGUUGGUGUUAUCGUAGCCAGACAGUACAUAGCUAUUUAGCUAUCUUAGCAUACGGCGAAUAUCAGCCUUACGUGUGAAUUCUUGGACUGCAGGAGUGGAUAACUUCAAUCCAGGGAUUUGGCCUAGUCUAUGAACGUUGGUGACUUGUUAAGGUAUUUCACUAGUUUUUGAGGCCUCCAAAAUGUCGAUUUUAGGAUUAAAAAAGAAACAACCAAAGACUUUUAAAGUCAAAGUCAUCACUAUGGAUGCAGAAAUGGAGUUUAGUUGUGAGGUGAAAUGGAAAGGGAAAGACCUCUUUGAUCUUGUUUGUCGGACGGUGGGUCUGAGGGAAACCUGGUUCUUUGGGCUCCGGUACACAGUAAAGGACACCUACGCUUGGUUAAAGCCAGAGAAACGGGUCUUGGAUCAGGAGGUCCCUAAAGACUCACCUAUAACUUUUCACUUCCUGGCCAAAUUUUUCCCAGAGAAGGUAGAAGAAGAGCUGGUCCAGGAAAUCACACAGCAUCUCUUCUUCCUGCAGGUGAAAAAACAGAUAUUAGACGAGGAGAUUUUCUGCUCCCCUGAAGCCUCUGUUCUGUUGGCAUCGUAUGCAGUUCAAGCCAAGUAUGGAGACUAUGACCCAAACUUUCACAAGCCAGGUUUCUUGGCCCAAGAUGAGCUCCUACCUAAAAGAGUUCUGAUGCAGUACCAGAUGACACCAGACAUGUGGGAGGAGAAGAUCACAGCCUGGUAUGCGGAGCACCGAGGCAUUGCCAGGGAUGAGGCUGAAAUGGAUUACCUGAAGAUAGCUCAGGACCUGGAGAUGUAUGGAGUCAGCUACUUCUCCAUCACACAAAAUAAAAGAGACACAGACCUGCAGCUCGGUGUAGAUGCCCAGGGCCUUCAUAUUUACAGCCCCAACAGCAAACUGAAUCCCAACAAGUCUUUUCCGUGGAGCGGCAUCCGCAACAUCUCCUACAGCGAGAAGGAGGUAACCACGUUCACAAUAAAACCUUUGGACAAGAAGAAGGACGUUUUCAAGUUCUACUCCUCCCAACUGAGAGUCAACAAACUGAUCCUGCAGCUGUGCAUUGGCAACCAUGACCUUUUCAUGAGGAGGCGGAAGGUAGACUCGAUCGAGGUGCAGCAGAUGAAGGCUCAGGCCAAGGAGGAGAAGGCCCGCAAGAAGGUUGAGCGUCAAAUCCUAGCGCGUGAGAAACAGAUGAGGGAGGAGGCGGAGCGAGCGAAAGAGGAGAUGGAGCGACGGCUAUUCCAGCUGCAGGAUGAGGCCAGGCUGGCAAAUGAGGCACUGAUUCGUUCCGAGGAGACAGCGGACCUGCUGGCGGAGAAGGCCCAGAUCGCAGAGGAGGAAGCCAAGCUGCUGGCCCACAAGGCUGCCGAGGCUGAGCAGGAGAGGCAGAGGUUAGAGGUCACAGCCCUGAAGACCAAGGAAGAGAAGAGACUGAUGGAACAGAAAAUGAGAGAGGCAGAGCAGCUGGCUGUCAAACUGGUGGAACAGUCAGAGCGCAGAUCAAAGGAAGCGGACCAUCUGAAGCAGGACCUGACGGAGGCCAAAGAUGCAGAGAGGAGAGCCAAGCAGAAACUCUUGGAGAUCACAAAGACUACUUACCCGAUAAUAGCGGCCUACUCCCCUCCACCUCCUCCCCCAGAGGGAGGGGAUUUAGCUGUGGAGUCCGGAUCGAUGCAGAUAGACUUCAAAGACUCUGACAUGAAGAGGCUGUCCAUGGAAAUAGAAAGGGAGAGACUGGAGUACAUGGAGAAGAGUAAGCACCUGCAGGACCAGCUGAAGGAGCUGAAGUCUGAGAUAGAGUCCCUGAAACUAGAAGAGCAGCAGCAGCAAGCCGCCGUCUACAGCCUCCGCAACGAUGCCCGUGGCUACCCCAUGGAACCCCCCUACAUGUCCCAUAGUAAUAGAAAUUCUGCCUACAUGGCUCAGAUGGCCUUCUUUGAGGAAGUUUGAUCCAGUUGCCAUUGGAUAAAACUGCGAUAGGCUAAGUGCCAUUAGAAGACAGGGAGGCGGAACAUGGUGACUCUUUGUUCCUCGGCACCCAGACGUGCCUAUUUUCAUCUAUCUACAUUUUGUGCCGGAAAACACUGAGACAAAUCCACACUAACUGUGACACUUCUAUGUGCUACAAACAGCAUGUUGGGCUGCAUGCAUGCAUGCUCAGUGCAACACACACACUACAACACUACAUAUUCCGUUCCGUUUUAAGGAUGAUAUAAAAUGCCAUAUGUGAUACAGUCCAGAAUAACACUACUCGUUGGGUGUGUGUAUAUUUAUGAGAUGUGCUGAUUGUGUGUGUGUGCGCGCGUGUGUGUGUGUGUGUGUGUGUGUGUUCAUUUUUACUUUGAGUGUUGUUUUUUUUUCUAAAGUAAUGCCCAUUAGAAUGUAGUAGAGAUUGAGACAGAAUUUUAAUUUUUUAUUUGAUACAUCACAAUGUGCCUUCCUGAAUAUAAUCUUUCUCCUGUCAGCAGUUAGUGUGAUACCCUACAUUUUGCCUAAAUCAUGUUUUACUUACUCCAUUUUGUGGGUAUAGCUUGGUGCUCUGAUCACCUCCAAGUAGUGAUUCCCAAGAAUUUCUGUUCCAGAGAUCACCAAGUCACCACCAAAAGCUCUUGAGGACUGACAUUCUUAACCUCAGCCAAUCCUAACAUAAAAUAUACAAAUAUAUUUUGCUCAUAACUGUAUUGAAACUGAAAUGUAGUACAUGUGACAGUAGUAGAUAGAGGCCCAUUUUGCAUUGCCGAAAUCUCGGUUAAAUUGCGUAUAAUACCAUUACUUUUACCAGAUGCAAUACCCUUGUGGACCAGCAGGGGUUGUGCAAUCCACAUGUUGAAAGCUCUACAGCUGUCUAUAUGUCUAGGCUCACAUUAAGCCAGCCCUUAAGGCUUCUAACCACUGUCAUUUGAGUGUUGUUUGACCUGUUUUUGAAACAUUUUACAUUCAGGUGAACCUGUUUUAAAAAAAAAACAGUUGCAUUGCAAAGGUAAAAUAACAUGCCAUCCUCUUGCAAUUGGGCCUGUUACUGUGCAUAAAGGACUCCCUACUCCCUAAAUGUAUCCCCUUUGACCAGGGCUCUAUUUCCUUUGCUGCACUGUGUAGGGGACAGAAUGUCAUCAGGGAUGCAGGCUGUAGGAUGAAUUAUAAUCAAGUCUGCUUCAUGCUCAGUGGAAGGACAUGUCUAAAAAAAGGGAAGACUGUGCCAAAGUGAAGUGAGUGGUUUUAUGCUUCUGAGGGAAGUAGGAGUUAUGUUAUUAUGCCCUUUGGUACUCAAACUCAGUAGUAGAUAAUAUUACAGGCCAUAAUUAUUAUGGUUUGGAGUCAAUAAAAUUUUGCAGUUAAUCAUUUAAGAAUUAUCAGAAAAUACUGGCCAAUAAUAUUAUCUACUGCUAAGAUUGAGUACCAAAUUGCCCCAGAUCACAAAUAUUGGAUGGGAUCUACGAGCAAACCAACAGAAUGUUAAGACUGUACGGUUAACUAGUUUUACGUAGGUUAACGAGUUUUACGUAGAUUAACAAGUAUCAAUAAUGACAGUGUCAAUGAUUAUUUGGACAUCAGGAUGGCGGAGAGUGCAGCACAGGAACGAUUUAGCUGAGCAACAGUCUACUUGUUUAUUAAACAGUCCUGCUCCAACAGUUUCCUGGGGUUUUGGAUGAUCCCAUCUAAGGCUUGGGUGGUCAGAUGUCCUAAAGGAACACUGCAAGGCAGAUUACGCAACAUUUCAGGGCUAGGAGGUUUUGGUGUCAGUCUGGGAGGCAGAUACCUGUAUACAUGUGUCCUAUGUGCACUACACACAUGAACACUUACACAGCUAUGUAUUUAACCAUGUGUCAGUGUUUUUUUUUCUCACACCUUUUUAUUGGAUAAUAAGUAAUUCUUUCGAAACAGUUGCGUUUCCAUUUGCAGAUACCAGUUUUUUCAUAUGGCAAUAUCGCACAUCCAUAACUCUUCAUUUAUUCCUCCUUUUUCAAAUGUUUUGAAAAACAUUUGUUUUAAAAGCUAGUUUGCUGCUUGUUUGUUUACUGCUUUGCCGUUUACUAAUCUGAUACUAUAGUUGUUUUAUCUUUCUAUAGUUUUGACAAUGUUGUGACAUUCCUGCUUUUUAUUGCCUCAUCUUACCCCUACUCAUGUGUUUAUCAGCUGUGAAUGUCUUAAGAUGUAUCAAGUCACUUUUUUUAAGAGAGGAAAAGCACAUGUUCAUGUUUUAAUGAAUGACCUCCAAUGCCUGUUACACACUUACAGAUGACUAAUCACCUGGCUGUGUUCCAAAUGGCCCUGCCGUUUCCUCAUAUGCACUAAUAUCAACCAGGGCUCAAAUCUAGUGCACUAAUAUCAACCAAAUCUAGUGCACUAUGGAGGGAAUAAGGCAGCCUCAUAAAUACUAGGCUGCUGACUGCUGGAACUUGUGGUGAACCGUGUGAGCAAAAGACUUCCUGAGGUUUGAUGAUUUUCUUUCCCCCACAGUCUUAACUGCCACUAGUUCAUAGAACAUCUGUCAACAUUUCCAUGUAUGUAGUUUUUCUUUGUGUUUGAGGGCUUUGCUAUUGCGUAAAACAAUAAAAAGUACAUUAACUUGUCUUCUGACAGUUCUUGAUUUCAA